GUAGAGGCAAAAAUCCUUGGAGAGGUUCAAGAUCUGCCGAAGUGCUUGGAGCGUGAAAAUAAAAUUAUCCAAACCAUAAUGAGGCAACUUCUGUUCGCUCUUGAUUCACUUCAUUCGACAGGGAUUGUGCACAGGGACAUAAAACCGCAAAACGUAAUAUUUUCUGAAGGGUCACGCACAUUCAAAAUCAUUGACCUUGGAGCAGCAGCAGAUUUACGCGUUGGCAUUAAUUAUGUUCCGAAGGAGUUCCUUUUGGAUCCACGGUAUGCUGCACCUGAGCAAUAUAUUAUGAGCACACAAACCCCAUCCGCACCUUCUGCUCCAGUUGCAACUGCAUUAUCCCCUGUCUUGUGGCAGAUGAACUUACCAGAUAGAUUUGACGUAUACAGCUUGGGACUUGUAUUCUUGCAGAUGGCAUUUCCGUCAUUACGAAGUGAUAGUAGCCUCAUACAAUUUAACCGUCAAUUAAAGAGGUGUGGAUUUGAUCUCGAAGCAUGGAGGAAGAUGGCUGAACCUCGCGCUAGCUCUGAUCUGAGGAAGGGUUUUGAACUUUUAGAUUUAGAUGGUGGGAUUGGCUGGGAUCUCCUAACCUCCAUGGUUCUAUAUAAAGCACGUCAAAGAAUUAGUGCAAAAGCUGCAUUAGCUCAUCCUUACUUCAACCAGGAAGGUUUAUUAGGUCUAUCUUACAUGCAGAAUCUGAGGCUGCAGUGGUUUCGUGCAACUCAUCAGGAUUACAGUGAAGCUGCUCAGUGGCUAGUUGGUCUUAUGGCAAAAUCAGGCACUAAAUCAGGAGGAGGUUUCACAGAAGUACAACUUCAGGAGUUGAGGGAAAUAGAGCCAAAGAAAGGGAGUGAGCAGAGGAAUGCGCUGGCAUCGUUUCUUCUUCUCCAAAGGAAAAUUGUUAAAACACUCGGCGUGAGCAUGGAGGAGAUAACCAGGCAGAGUAAGAGGAUAUGGUGGAGCAGGUGGAUUCCCAGGGAAGAGUAAGGAGUUUUAUGAUACCGAUUAUGUAAAUUUUGUGCAGAGUUAAUGAUGUUAGAAGAAUUUUCUACCAGCAUGUUUCUUAACUAUGCAAUUAUACUGCAGCAUUUUCUGUGUGCUUGAGGGUCACCUUAUUCUGUCCAUUCUUUAUAUUUAUAUUAGUGGAAAUAAAUUAUGGCAUUUUAAACAAAGAUGGUAAUGCG